AUGAUCAUCAGCGGUAGGUCAACCGAGGAACACUUAAACAACUUGGACACAGUCCUAGAGAGAUUGAACACAUACAACAUGCGAGUGAAUUGUGAGAAAUGCGAAUUCUUCAAAGAUAGCGUUACCUAUUGGGGACACGACAUACAAUCAGAGAGUUUGCAGAAACCACUAGACAAGAUUAGUGCUGUUGUUAACGCCCCCAAGCCAGAACAUACGCAGCAACUUCGUUCAUUUCUGGGUCUCAUUAACUAUUAUCGACGGUUUCUUCCGAAUUUAUCUUCAGUUGUUGCACCCAUGAAUGAACUACUACAAGGAGAGAAAGUCUGGAAAUGGACAAAAGCAUGUGAUGAAGCUUUCAGUACAGUGAAAGAACAGUGUAAUUUCAGACCAAGUUUUGUGCCACUACAACCCUGA